AUGGGAAGCAGCUCAGAUAGCACCAGCCACCAGACAGGAGCAACCAUGAAGACCGCAUUUAUUGUGUUUGCAGUACUGGCCUGUUCAGCGCUGGCUGAAGACAGCAAAAAGGCAGCGAAGAAAAACGAGACCGCAGUGGAAGGGCGAGGCCUCUUCUUGGGUAGCAACAAUGGAUUCCCUGGCUGUCCACCAUGCCCGUGCGGGUACGGUGGCGGUACCGGAGGCUUGGCAGGUCUUGGCGGCUAUAGUGUUGGUCUCGGUCAGGGGGCCGGACCUGCUGCAGGCCUUGGUUCAGGAGUUGCCUUAGGCUCUGGUGCCGGCGUCGGCCACGGAGUCGGAGCAGUAGGUCUCGGUUCUGGUCUCGGAGACGGUCCCGCGGCCGGAGUAGCAGGGCUUGGUCAUGGUGUCGAGGCCGGUCAUGGAGCUGCAGGAGUAAGCGCCGGUUCCGGGCUCGGACUUCAGCACGGAGCAGCCAGAGGAACCCACGGUGUCAGCAUUACUCCAGAAGCCGGCGAUGCAUCAGGUGGCCUCGGAGACGCAGGAAUUGGUCUCAUCGGCGGGUCCAGCCCCGUGCUCACUCCUGGCGCUGGCGUAGGUUCUAAAGUCGUUGGAGCUGGGGCAGGAGUAGGCGCAGGACCUGCGGUUGGACCCGUAGGGGGUGCUGGCGUCGUUGGAACUCCUGUCGUCCCUGGUCCAGGCAUCGGGGCUGGCACUGGGGCUGGCCAUCAGUCAGCGGCUUCCGGCUACUCGGGCUUUCAGACUGGCUCCGGAUUCGCCAACAAGGCCGGUGGGCACAAAGCUGGGCAGGGAAGCUUCGCCUACAAUGUGGGUGGCUCAGACAGCAACUCGUACGGCCACAGCAGUUCUUAUGGUGACUCGAAGAGCUUCGGCCUGAGCUCCAAUGAAGGUUUGAACCGUGCUCGAGGUCAGGGUAGCCACGGAAGCGCCUUCAACAAGCAGGCCGCCGGCUCAGAAGCCUCAAGCCAUAGCUCUGGGGUCAAGACAAAGGUGGUCGUUUGAAAAAUGUAGGCUUACUUCUGAAUCGACGUACUUAGCCAAAGAAACACCGCUUGU